UUUUCUCCCUCUUCCUUCCACUUUCCUCUCCUCACUUUCACAGUCCUUCUGGAACUAGCUUGUUGCUUUCGAUCAUCUCCACUGCCAGCCUCUGCUGCUCUACCAUCCCUUCCUCUAUCAAAACCAUCCUUGUCGUCGUUUAGAGAAGCUUUGAUUCCCUCAAACCCCAUUUUUCCCGGUCAGCUAUUGACAGAGAAAACUCAAAAAAUGAAACCCAAAAGAUCAAAAGCUAGCACAGAUAUAUCACUUUCUUCUCUUCAAAAAUCAAAAUCAAAAGUGUGCACAAAUAAAAUAUGAAAAGCUCACACAGAUCCAUCUUCCAGCUUCUCUUAUGCUUCUUUUUCAUCUUCAAUCUUCUUCUCUUUGUUAGCACAGAUCAAUGCCUGCCAUGUCUCUAUUUUUCUGAAUUUUAACUAAAAAAGAUUCAAUCUAGCUUCUCUCCUAUUCCUGUUUCUGUUUGAGUUUUUGUGUUUCAGCUUUCUUUGUAAUGCAUAGUCUCUAUCUUUUGUGGGUUUCAAUUCAAAAAAAUUCAAUUUUUCUUAUCACUUUUUGUUGUUUCUGGGAAUCUGGGUGGGUUUUUAAUUUCGUCUUUUGUCUUUGUUUUUCAACUUAAAAUAAUCAAUUUUUUUUUCUUAUUGAGAAUAUAGUCGAUGAACAGAGAAGGAAGGGAAAGUAUGAUACUGGGAGUGAAACUCUAUUUUUUUAUUCACAACACUACAAGUGCUUAUGUAUUAAGUACAACUCACUCACACACUGAGUUAGUUCACCCCGAGUUAGAAAACCCACUAACUUUACAUCUGAAUUACUCACUCCAAUACUUCUUUGGUUUCUGUUUCUGGGUUUUGUAAUAUACGAUGAUACGAAGGUGAAGGUGGGAAGGUAGAGGGUGCUGGAGAGGAAGACAUGGGAGAGGUUGAUGGUUGUGAUGGGCCCAGCUAUGGAGCAAGAAACGUGCGCUGGAGCUGGGAGAAGGGGCUGUAGGGAUUGUCAAAUUAUAUUUUUACCCUUUUAGCAUCCAACAAAUCCUAACCAUUCAAUUAAAGAAUAUUUUAAGAUUCUCAAAUCGAACGGUGAUUAAUCAUGGUGCAUUUUUAUUUACUAAUGUGUUAUUUUUUUUUUUGAAAGAAUUUACUGAUGUGUUAUUAAAGUGGUGUAAUUAGCAAAGAUAGGUUAAGAUGGUGUAAAUAGUAAUGAGUCAGCAAUUUCCGUUUAAUUUUGGAUGUCAACUUGACGGAGGGGCCCAAUUUUCACAAAAUGGAAGAUGAGGGAUUAAAAUCGCUCGUUUAGAACAUAAGGGACCCAAAUCGCACAAUGACAAUACAUCAGGGAUCAAAACUGCAAUUAAGCCUCUUUAAUUCUUCCAAACAAAAUGGCGCCGUAGCUACUCAGCCUCUCGGGUUUUGCCGCCGUUGAGAGCAAAAAAUGGCGCCGUUGAAAUCUCUGGAGAUAGAGUAUCCACUCGUUGACUCCAACUUCCAAAACUUCUGCGCCUCCCACGCCAUUUUCUCUGUUGAAGAUUUCCUCCUCCAUGAUCUUGACACGCUAAUCGCAUUUGCAUCGAAUCACCCCACUUCACAGAGACUGAAGCAGGGAAUUGAUCAGCUUCUCUCGAUAAUCGAUGCUCUGCGUCCGCCAUUGCUAACCGGUUCGCAGCUCUUGGCAGAUGCGAAACGGAAUAAGCAUGUUUUGUCCACUGGAUGUGAUGGGAUUGAUGCAUUGCUUGGAGGUGGAUUACGUGAAGGACAAUUAACUGAACUUGUUGGACCGUCCUCAUCUGGUAAGACACAGGUCUGCCUACUGUCUGCUGCAACUAUUGCAAGGCAUAAGAGUUCAGUUAUAUACUUAGAUACAGGAAACUCAUUUUCACCUCAGCGAAUUGCACAUUUUGUUGGUCAGUCAUAUGAUUCUGUCUCACACAAUCAGGCCGAUCAUAGACCUCUUCAAGAAGUUUUGGGCAGGAUAAUUUGCUACUCAGUGUUUGACAUAUAUCAGAUGUUUGAUGUGCUGCAUCGACUGAAGAUUAAUUUAAGAUCCGAGAUUGUAAAAUCAGAUCACCAUGUUCGAUUGCUUAUUGUUGAUUCAAUCUCUUCACUGAUUACACCCAUCCUUGGAGGCAGUGGUCCUCAAGGACACGCUUUAAUGAUAUCUGCUGGGUUUUUACUGAAGAAGUUAGCACAUGAGUAUAAUAUUGCGGCGUUGGUAACGAAUCAUGUUGUGGGUGGAGAAGACGGUAUCUCCAAACCAGCACUGGGAGAGAGUUGGAAGAGUGUCUCUCAUGUACGGCUUUUGCUGUCUCAUGAUAGUACAAGCAACGUCUGCAAUAUUUCAAUAAUAAAACAUCCAUCUAUGGCUUCUGGCAGGGCUGCAAGUUCUACUAUGUAUUUUUGACUGUUUUCCACAGUUGAUCAUAAUUAGAGAUGUUUUGUAUAUUCCGGUAUCAUAAACUCAUACUUAUAUUUGAGAGAUAAAACCUCUGUAAGAACCCUUUUUUAUGAAGCAAUUGCUUUGUUCA